AUGGCUGUUGCACUAUCAAGUUGCAUUUCCUUAUCCUCUGUGGUCUUCUCCACAGUUAAAUUCCGUUCCUCAUUCAGACAAGGACCCAUCAUCGCCUCUAUCCGUUGCAAUCACUCCCACGGCCGACUAUCCUCCUCUUCUUCCAAACCCAAUAGACAAAAGGAAGGCGCAGGCCACAACAAGCAGAAAUCUAAAGAUGAAAGGCCUUCAAGAGGGAAUGUGGUGGAACCCCAACCAACUUCUUCUAAAGCUUUUGGCAUUAUUAGAAAAAAUAAGGACCUUAUGUUUGAUGCCAAGGACCAGCAGGUUGAACCAAGUGAUUUACAAGACUCAACUUUCCUCAAUGCUGUUGUGAAGGUUUACUGCACCCAUACUGCCCCAGAUUAUUCUCUUCCUUGGCAAAAGCAGAGACAAUACACAAGCCGCAUCUUUUGCAGUGCAUUUAUGAUUGGAGAUAGGAAACUAUUAACGAAUGCACAUUGUGUGGAACAUGAUACCCAGGUCAAAGUAAAGAAAAGAGGGGAUGAUUCAAAAUAUGUUGCUAAGGUUUUGGCCAGAGGUGUUGAUUGUGAUAUAGCUUUGCUUUCAGUAGAAAGUGAUGAGUUUUGGAGAGAUGUGGAACCUCUCAGAUUUGGACGUUUGCCACAUCUUCAGUGUCAGAAAUUUAUAUAUGCUGUUUCUGAUUUGAAGGAUUCUGUAACUGUUGUGGGAUAUCCUCUAGGAGGAGACACAAUUUCAGUGACAAAGGGAGUUGUAUCUCGUAUAGAGGUCACAUCAUAUGCUCAUGGAUCGUCUGAUUUGCUGGGCAUUCAGAUUGAUGCAGCAAUAAAUCCAGGUAAUAGUGGAGGCCCAGCAUUCAAUGACCAAGGGGAGUGCAUUGGAGUAGCAUUUCAGGUCUUCAGAUCUGAAGAGGCUGAGAAUAUAGGAUAUGUGAUUCCUACAACUGUUGUAUCUCAUUUUUUGACCGACUAUGAAAAGAAUGGCAGGUAUACUGGUUUCCCUUGCCUUGGAGUACUUAUACAGAAGCUAGAGAACCCUGCAUUACGUGCAUGGUUGAAAGUACAGUCCAAUGAGGGUGUAUUGGUACGUAGAGUUGAACCUACUUCUGAUGCAAUUAAUGUACUAAAGGAGGGUGAUGUGAUUGUCAGUUUUGAUGAUGUUCGUGUUGGUAGUGAAGGAACAGUCCCAUUCAGAACAAAUGAGCGAAUAGCCUUCCACUUCCUCAUUAGUCAAAAAUUUUCAGGUGAUACUGCGGAGCUUGGUAUCAUUAGAGCAGGGACCUUUAUAAAAACUAAAAUUGUUUUAAACUCACGAGUUCAUUUGGUUCCCUAUCACAUGGAUGAAGGUCUGCCUUCCUAUCUGAUAAUUGCUGGUUUAGUGUUCACACCCCUCUCGGAGCCAUUGAUUGAGGAAGAAUGUGAAGACUCGAUAGGGCUAAAAUUAUUGGCUCGGGCACGUUAUUCAUUAGCAAGGUUUAAGGGGGAGCAAAUUGUAAUUCUUUCACAGGUCUUGGCAAAUGAAGUCAACAUAGGUUAUGAAGAUAUGGGCAAUCAGCAGGUUGUAAAAUUCAACGGAACUCGAGUUAAAAACAUUCAUCACCUUGCACACCUCGUUGAUUCAAGCGAGGACAGGUAUCUGCGUUUUGAAUUUGAAGAUAGCUAUGUAGCUGUUUUAGAGAGAGAAGCUGUUGUCGGUGCUUCAUCCUCCAUACUGAGUGAUUAUGGAAUCCCAUCGGGAAGAUCUUCUGAUCUUUUGAAACCUUAUGUGGAUACACUAGAAGGUGAUCAACGAGCAGACCAGGAAUUUGGUGAUAGCCCAGUUUCAAAUUUUGAAAUUGGCUCUGAUGGACUACUCUGGGCAUAA